ACAUCAGAGUGACACGUGGCCGCGAAAUCUCCUUCAUUUACUCAAGACUGGCUCCCAUUUCCCGCGGCCCCACCGCCGUCAAUCUUCACACUGCCACACUCGUUAAUAUAGUUAAAAAAUUCCCACAACGAGGUGUAAGAAUAAUCAGACGCCACCGUUGUAUUGAUUCUCGAAUUUGCAGUUGAAGGGAAAAGAAAAUGAGUUCAGCAGUUCUCUGUAAUCCAAUCAAUCCCUCAGCAGCAGUUUCGUCAAGAAGGCAUUUUUUUCCGGCUCAAAUCCACGGCGCGGCGCCGAGCAAGAAGCCGUUUUCCUGCACGGGAGGAAAUGGGGUGUCGAAGAGAGUGUCGACGGUGAGAGCGAGUGUGGCGGCGGCUCCGAGAGGCGGGGCGGAGGAGAAGAAGCUGCGGAUUCUGGUGGCCGGCGGCGGCAUCGGCGGGUUGGUUUUCGCAUUGGCGGCGAAGAGGAAGGGGUUUGAUGUGGUGGUAUUUGAGAGGGAUUUGAGCGCGAUUAGAGGGGAGGGGCAGUAUAGGGGUCCCAUUCAGAUACAGAGCAACGCUUUGGCUGUUUUGGAGGCUAUUGAUAUGGGCGUCGCUGAGGAGGUUUUGAGUGCCGGCUGCAUCACCGGCGAUCGGAUUAACGGCUUGGUUGAUGGAAUUUCCGGCAAUUGGUACGUCAAGUUUGAUACAUUCACCCCUGCAGCAGAGAGGGGACUCCCGGUCACUAGAGUCAUUAGCCGCAUGACUCUGCAACAGAUCCUCGCCACUGCAGUUGGGUCCGACAUUAUUAUGAACGAGAGCAAUGUCAUGGACUUUGUCGAUGAUGGUCAAAAGGUGACCGUGAAACUCGAAAAUGGACAGUCUUAUGAAGGUGAUCUUCUUGUUGGUGCAGAUGGGAUAUGGUCAAAGGUGAGGAAAAACUUGUUCGGGCAAACAGACCCCGUAUACUCUGGCUACACCUGUUACACGGGAAUAGCAGAUUUUGUACCUGCUGACAUAGAGACAGUAGGGUACCGUGUGUUUUUGGGCCACAAACAAUACUUUGUUUCCUCUGAUGUGGGAGGUGGAAAGAUGCAGUGGUAUGCAUUUUACAACGAAGCAGCCGGUGGAGUUGAUGCUGAAAAUGGUAAAAAGGCAAGGUUGCUAAAGCUAUUUGAAGGCUGGUGUGAUAACGUUAUAGAUCUGUUGCUUGCCACUGACGAAGAUGCAAUUCUUCGGAGAGACAUAUAUGACAGGUCUCCAAUACUUUCAUGGGGAAAGGGUCGUGUGACGUUGCUUGGUGACUCAGUCCAUGCAAUGCAGCCAAACUUGGGCCAGGGAGGGUGCAUGGCUAUAGAGGAUGGAUAUCAACUUGCACUCGAGCUUGAAAAGGCUACAAGGCGAAGCAUUGAGUCAGGAAGCCCAAUCGAUGUAGUCUCUUCUCUAAGAAGUUAUGAGAAUGCACGAAAACUUCGUGUUGCAAUCAUUCAUGGACUUGCUAGAAUGGCUGCAAUCAUGGCAUCAACUUACAAGGCAUAUUUGGGAGUCGGACUCGGGCCAUUGUCUUUCCUCACACAGUUUAGAAUACCGCAUCCUGGAAGAGUCGGGGGAAGGGUAUUCAUAGACAUCGGUAUGCCUCUGAUGCUAAGUUGGGUUCUCGGUGGUAACGGCUCGAAACUCGAAGGGAGAACGCUGCAGUGCCGCCUCUCCGACAAAGCCAGUGACCAGUUGCGGAAAUGGUUCACAGACGAUGAUGCUCUAGAGCGAGCUCUCGAUGCAGAUUGGUUUCUAUUUCCAAUCGGAGAUUCGACUGCAGCGUCUGAGACCAUUUUUCUAAGCCGAGAUGACAAGAACCCUUGCGUGAUUGGGAGUGUACCGCAUCCCAACUUCCCAGGAGUGUCCAUAGCUAUACCGUCACCUCAGGUAUCCAAAAUGCAUGCACGUAUAAGUUACAAAGACGGGGCGUUUUCUCUAACGGACUUGAGGAGUGAGCAUGGAACCUGGAUUUCAGACAACGAAGGCAAGCGGUUUCGUGUGUCCCCAAACCUGCCUACUCGUUUCCGGCCAACUGAUGUGAUAGAGUUUGGGUCUGAUAAGAAGGCCGUUUUUCGCGUAAAGGCUAUGAAAAUCCCUCCCAAGACCUCCGAAAUCGACCAAAGCCAACUUCUUCAGGCAGUAUGAGCUUCAACACAAGGAACUUGUACACAUUUUGUUUAUUGCAGGAAAAACAGCUAAAUCCUAAUGUUUGAUUGUUGGGAGAAAGCUCAUUUUUUAGAAUAGAAAUACAUACAUGUAUAUAGAUGAUGCCAAUUGUUUUCAAAUACAAUGAUAUACGUGAUAUUGUUAUGACUUUGAGAUGGAAUAUAAUAGAAAGGUGUAAUUGUACUCGAUCAAA